CGCAGAGUAUCCUCCCACUUUCAUUUAGAGAGAGAGAGAUUGUACUUCGUGCUUUUUCUUACCUGGCUCGAUUACGGCGCCAUGGGACAGAUCUUCGACAAAUUCCAAGGCAAGGAAUGGAGGCGAAAGCAAAUCAGAAAAAUUACCGAUAAGGUUUUCGAUCGCGUGACAAACAAUGUUGAAAGAGCUAGCCUGACGUUUGAAGAUCUAUAUAUUGCUGUUUUGCUUGUGUACAAUGAUAUCAAUAAGCAUCUGCCUGGUCCACAUUUUGAUCCACCCUCAAAAGACCGAGUUCAAAUAAUGAUACAGGAAUCCGAUGUCAACAUAGAUGGACAAAUCGAUCGUGAAGAAUUUGUGAGUUUCAUCGAGCGGCUAACGUCCGACACAUUUAUAGUCGUCAGUCAGGGAUUGAUUAUCACAUUGGUUGUGGCACCUACUAUUGCAAUGGCAACAAAGAGAACUACCGAGGGUGUCCCAGGAAUUGGUAAAGUGGUGCAAAAGUUACCAAACUCAGUUUAUGCAUCGCUUGUGACCAUGGCCGUUGUGCUGUUCCAGAAGUCAAUCCAGGAGGUUUAACAUUCCAGUUUAAUAUAGUAUUGGAUACCUACAUCUACAAUAUACUGAAUGAUAUUGUCGUUAUGUACAUGUUACUUGCGAAACAAAUGUUAUGCUUAACAGCUAAGAUUAUGAUAUUUAUUUUUCCUCGA